UUGUUAUUUAUAAAUUGUCACAUGACACGCAAUAGUAUACCAGUGAUUAUGGUUUUAUAAUUAUUUAUUGUUUGGUUAAACGGUUGGCUCGUUAUGUUACUGUGAUAUCAACAGAUAGCAAAGAGCAGCGAUGAUGAUACAUUUCUGUAAUAUUAUAGUCAUGACUAUAGAUGAAUAAAUCGACGACUUUUCGUUAUAGAUUUCAUGCAUUUCCACGUGAUUAUUAUGUCUACUCUGUACCUAUAAUAAUUUAGGUCGUGUAAAAUAUGUCUUAUGAAAACAAGUAGGCCAGGCACUACCCAAAUCAUGAUUUUGCAACUGGAAAAUGAUAUUAAAGGCAGUAAUGAAUUCCACGAAGAUGACAAGAAAAAAUGUGAUAAAGGAACAAAAGAUGAUAUCAAUAAAAUUGAGGCUACUCCAGCAGAUUUCGAAACAGCCAUCAGCCAUACAGGUUAUGGCAUUUAUAAUAAAAGAAUGCUUGUGUUGUACAUACCUUUAACGCUAACUUCAUUGUUCUGUACCAGUUCACCGUCGUUUAUAUUGCCAGCGGUAAGAUGUUACUUCGAUUUGUCACCUCUGGAAGAGGGUUCGCUGUUCGGAGCUGUUUACGUAGGUAUGGUUUCGAGCGCUUUUGUAUGGGGUUUUCUCAUCGAUACGCUAGGAAGACAAAAAUUGUUAUUCUAUGGCAUACUGUUGAGUGGAAUUAUGGAGUUUCUAUCAGGAUUCGUUCAAAGAUUUUGGGUAUUGGUCGUUCUCAAAUUCUUUUGUGGAGUCGCAACAUGUGGUCCGUAUUCUCUCGCAUUUACUUUUUUGUCUGAGUUCUAUGAUAAAGAACAUCGAGAUAAAAUUGUAUUGUACGCAGGAGGAUUUUCGUCCUUUGCUUUUGUUUUGCAACCUCUUGUGGCUUAUUUCUUGAUUCCGAUGGAUAUCAAUCUUCAAUUUUUAAAUGGAUAUUUAAUUAUUGAUAAUUGGAGAGUAUUCCUGAUAACUUGUUCAAUCAUGGUAUUUCUAGCUGCGUUCUUAGUUUAUACCAUGGACGAAAGUCCAAAGUUCCUAAUGGCCGUCGGUCGCCAUAAAGAAGCGCUAAAUGUAUUUAAAAAAAUAUAUUCACAAAAUACAGGCAAUCCACCGGAAUCGUAUCCCAUUAGCGUUUUAAGAUCAGAAUUAUCAGAAGAACAAUCUUUAAAAUCUAUGCCAUCGAUAACUAUUACGAAGUUUAUAAGAAAAGGGUGGAUUCAAAUAAAACCUUUUUUUUUGCAACCAUAUUUAACUCCAUCAUCGUUGACAUUCUUGUUGCUAUUCAUGACAAUGUUGACAUUGAACACAUUUCGAUUAAGACUGCCAAAUAUGUAUGCAACAAUUAUUGCAGCUAAAGGCGAUCACUCGCUUUCAGUAUGCGAAUCCAGAACUUCAACUAAUGUUACUUACACUGCAGAUUGUAAAGGAACACUUGCUUUAGUUGAUCCAGAAAUCUACAUCAAAUCUAUGAUUGUUGGAUCAGCAGUUUUUAGUAUGUUUUGGGUCGCCAUAUACAUUACAAAAUACAUGGAUAAAAAUUACAUAUAUAUCAUUUUUUCAGUAUUGGGUGGAAUUAGCAUUUCAAUAUUUCCGUGGACAAAUGGAAUUGUCACCUUAACUUUAUCAGCUAUUUACGUAGCUAUAAUGAACAUCAAUACGACUCUAGUGAUUAGUAUUAUGGCUUCGGCUGUCCCUACCACACUAAGAGGUAUGGCGGUAAAUAUGGUGAUUAUGUUUGGUAGAAUUGGAGUUGUCUUCGGAAAUUUAAUCAUACCUGUAUUAGAUAGGAUCAAUUGCGAGUUGCCAUAUAUGACAUUGGCAACGUUUAAUUUUUUGGGCUUUAUGGUUAUACUUUUAUUAAUGAGGUUAAAAAAAGAAAAGCCAAAAAUAAUUUCAACUCCCUAAUAUUUUUGUUUCAUCAUCCGUGUUUUGGAAUUCGACGACUCAAAGCAACACUUUCAACAUAAAUGAAUUACUAAGAAAUCAGAUGACUUUGAUUUUUUAAUUUUUCAUACUUGUUAAUGUAUUAUUUUAGUUUUUAAUUUUCAAAUUUAAUUUGAUUACAA